CAGGAGACCAACCGGCUACUGAGACAGCAGAUGAUGGCGCUGCAGGCCACAGCGACGACACAGACCAUGGCAGACGCCUGCAAAGCCAUACGAAUGGCGAUGCCAAAGAUGACAGCGGCCGAUGAUGUUGAGACUUACUUGGCGGUGUUCGAGAGAGUGGCUGAGAGGGAGAAGCUACCCCACGACCAGUGGGCUGAGGAUAUCGCCCCCUUCCUGACUUCCCAGUCGCAGCAGGCCUACUUUGAUUUGCCAGAUGACCAGGCUGCAGACUACAGCACGGUGAAGGAUGAGGCGAGAGCAGCAGCCCCUGAUCAUGUGACUCCUCCUCCUCCAUGUGACUGAUCACCUGACUGUGACAUCAUCGCAGGUCCUGUUAGUACACUUCCUGUACAGCUCUGAGGAAGGAGCUUAUGAAUCAUAUAUGAAUAUAUGAAAUAAGAAAAUAUGAACAAUAGUAAUGCUCCAGAGACAGAUGUGAGCGGUGAUGAGCAGUAUAAGGAAGGCAUCCCUACAAGGAAAGAUUUGAUCUAUAUUAAUGCUCCAGAUAUAAAGGAAAAAGAAGAAGAGACAGAUGUGAGGGAUGAUGAGCACUAUAAGGAGGACAUUCCUACAGGGAAAGAUCUGAUCCAUAUUAAUGCUACAGACAUUAAGGAGGAAGAAGAGACAGAUGUGAGUGGUGAUGAGCAGUAUAAAGAAGACAUUCAUACAGUGAAAGAACUGAUCUAUAUUAAUGCUACAGACAUAAAGGAAGAAGAGACAGAUGUGAGGGGUAAUGAGCAGUAUAAGGAGGACAUUGCAACAGGGAAAGAUCUGAUCUAUACUAAUACUACAGACAUAAAGGAAGAAGAAGAGACAGAUGUUAGCGGUGAUGAGCAGUAUAUGGAGGACAUUGCUACAGGGAAAGAUCUGAUCUAUACUAAUACAACAGACAUAAAGGAAGAAGAAGAAGAGACAGAUGUGAGCAGUGAUGAGCAGUAUAAGGAGGAAAUUUCUACAGGUAACCAUCCAGAUGACUGUACCAGGAGAUCAGAGGAGAAUCUUAUAUCUCCAGAUUAUAAAGCAGAUGAUGAUAUCACACAAGAUACAUAUGAAGAACAUUCCAUUAUCCCAGAUACACCCUCAGCCCUUCACAGCCAAGAUCUCUCAUCUCAUCCUUUAAAAACAGUCCUAUCAUCUGAUGUAUCACAGCAAAAUAUGAGGAAGCCAUUUUCGUGUGCUGAAUGUGGGAAAUGUAUUACUCAGAAAUUAGAUCUUGUUAAACAUCAAAGAAUUCACUCAGUAGAGAAGCCAUUUUCAUGUUCAGUUUGUAGAAAAUGUUUUUCUUAUAAAUCCAAUCUUAUUCAACAUCAGAGAACUCACACAGGAGAGAAGCCAUUUUCAUGUUCAGAAUGUGGGAAAUCUUUUUCUAAAAAAUCUAAUCUUAUUCAACAUCAAAAAAUUCACAUAGGCGAGAAGCCAUUUUCAUGUUCAGAAUGUGAAAAAAGUUUUUCUUAUGAAUCAAAACUUAUUCAACAUCAAAACAUUCACACAGGAGAGAAGCCAUUUUCAUGUUCAGAAUGUGGGAAAUCUUUUUCUAAAAAAUCUCAUCUUAUUCAACAUCAAAAAAUUCACAUAGGCGAGAAGCCAUUUUCAUGUUCAGAAUGUUGGAGAUGUUUUAUUCAUAAAUAUGAUCUCGUUAACCAUAAAAGAACUCAUACAGGAGAGAAGCCAUUUUCAUGUUCAGAAUGUGGAAAAUGUUUUUCUAAUAAAUCAAAUCUUAUUCAACAUCAAAAAAUUCACACAGGAGAGAAGCCAUUUUCAUGUUCAGAAUGUGGAAAAUGUUUUUCUUACGAAACAAAAUUUAUUCAUCAUCAAAAAAUUCACACAGGGGAGAAGCCAUUUUCAUGUUCAGAAUGUGGAAAAUGUUUUUCUAUUAAAUCAAAUCUUAUUCAACAUCAAAAAAUUCACACAGGAGAGAAGCCAUUUUCAUGUUCAGAAUGUGGAAAAUGUUUUUCUCAUGAAACAAAAUGUAUUCAACAUCAAAAAAUUCACAUAGCGGAGAAGCCAUUUCCAUGUUCAGAAUGCGGGAAAUGUUUUAUUCAGAAAGGGGAUCUUGUUAAACAUAAAAGAACUCAUACAGGAGAGAAGCCAUUUUCAUGUUCAGAAUGUGGUAAAUGUUUUUCUAUUAAAUCAAAUCUUAUUCAACAUCAAAAAAUUCACACAGGAGAGAAGCCAUUUUCAUGUUCAGAAUGUGAAAAAUGUUUUCCUUAUGAAGCAAAACUUAUUCAACAUCAAAAAAUUCACACAGCGGAGAAGCCAUUUCCAUGUUCAGAAUGUGGGAAAUGUUUUAUUCAGAAAGGUGAUCUUGUUAAACAUAAAAGAGCUCACACAGGUGACAAAACAUUUUCAUGUUUAGAAUGUAGGAAAUGGUUUACUCUAAAAUCACAUCUUGUUCAACAUCAAAAAAUUCACACAGGAGAGAAGCCAUUUUCAUGUUCAGAAUGUGGGAAAUGUUUUACUCAGAAAUCAGAUCUUGAUAAACAUCAAAGAGCUCACACGAGCGAGAAACCAUUUUCAUGUUUAGAAUGUGGGAAAUGUUUUACUCUAAAAUUACAUCUUGUUCAACAUAAAAAAAUUCACACAGGAGAGAAGCCAUUUGCUUGUUCAGAAUGUGGGAAAUGUUUUACUCAGAAAUCAAUACUUAUCAGACAUCUAAGAAUUCACACAGGAGAGAAGCCAUUUUCAUGUUCAGAAUGUGGGAAAGGUUUCGCUCAGAAAUCAAAUCUUAUCAGACAUCUAAGAAUUCACACAGGAGAGAAGCCAAUUCCAGGCAAUAAAUGAUGCAGGUAACACAUCUAUAUAUUAACCAUGUACAUAGGAUAUCUGACAUUUAUACAUAUAUCAUAUACUGCAUCUCCAAACUUGUUCACCAAUUAUUAAUAAAAGUUUUCUUUUAGAACGUAGUCACCGAUCCAGCGAUGUCAUCA